GGUACGCAGGUCCGUCCCAAAGUGAUGAUCAGGGACCUCAGAAAACGUCUUGUAACUGAUCCUGCGAGCCGCGAUCGUCCAGUCGCGAACCUAUCUGUCCUGGAUUGAAUGGCGACCAACGAAUGCGCAAAAUCACCGCAAAGAAAUGAGCGACAAGGCUGAACAAAGUGGGUGUGGCGACUACACGCUAUACAUACGGCGCUCCGUGGAGCACGGCAACCGCAAUGGUGCUUGAGUUAAUUUGGAACACCAGAGGAAGCGGCGCAGCCGAGGCUGUCACUACUCCAUUCGCUAUGUGGUUAAUACUUUGGGGCAUCAUUCCUCUUCGCUGGAUCACCUUCCCAUCUGGGCCUGGCCUAUCUUUUGUAGAUCAAGCUUAUCAUUGGCGAAGCUUUGGAGUUGCCUUGUCGAGCAGUGGUGUCCUCUGCUGUUUGCUAGAAGCAUCGGAAGCCUGUUUUGCAGCCGUAACAAGGCACAUGUUUGCGAGGUUGGUUCCUGGACGGUUUGUGUAGGAGUUGGUGGAGCGUAAGGCAAAUGGGAACAGAAAGGGCCGAGG